UCCUGCGGUCACCUCGGGGGUGACAAGGAGCUCUGCGUUCCCGGCCGUGGAUGGACUGACSGUCACUGCUCUCCCCGGCUGGACAUGGACAAGCGCGGCUCGUGUGGCUCCAGGAUGGCCCGGAGCGGGAUGGCCAGGUCCCGGGUGGUGCUGGCACCCUCUCGGGCAGCCAGCUGUGCCCAGCUGCUCAGCAGCGCCAGAAAUUGCCCUUGGAAAAUGAACCAGCUUCCUGCGAAGAGUCCUUUGGCAUCCUCAGUAUCAGAGAGCGCCAAUUCCAGGCUAGAGGCUUUGGACAGCUUGUCAAUGGACAGUUUUUGGCUGGAAGUAGAGAACAUUAAACAGAGCGCUGAAGCCGAGCAGGAGGAAUGCGGCCUUGCAGAUGUCAAAACACAGGAGGAGGGAGAAGCCGAGGCCGAGUGGCUGCAGGAUGCAGGGCUGUCUGAGCUCCUCGGGGACCCAUCCUUGGACAAGGACAACCUGGUGCUGCUGUCCACGCUGACCAGGACACAGGCAGCGGCCGUGCAGCGCCGGCUGGACACCUACUCACGCUCCCGCCGCAGGAAGAACAAGCAGCCCGUGCGCGACGUGCGCGACAUCUUCCGAGUGGCCAACUCCGAGGAGAAAGCAGCAGAGAAAGAGGAGUCCAGCCCAGAUCCAUUGUGGCACAAUCUACGGACUUCAAACACCCAGAGAAAAAUUCAAGGCCAUUUCUUCUCUGCAGCAGAAAGCCAGGAUUACUCCUGCACGGUUCGGAAUCCUGGCAAGGAGGAGCUGUUCAAUAUGGACAUUGCCUACUCAGAACAAGCAGCUGUYCUGCUCAAGGGAUCGUUCCUGUCUGAAYCCAGGAAGUUGAAGGAUGGAAAUGYCCUAACUAGAUUUAAGAUCCCUAAAGGCAGACUAGGAGUGACCAGGAUUGGAGAUCUGUCGGCUCAGGACAUGAAGAAGAUCCCCACGCUGGCCCUGAUUGAAUUAACAGCUCUCUGUGAUAUCCUGGGCUUUGAGCUGAAGAGAAACAAAGCGGCAAAACUGAAAACAACAGAGAAAAGACUCUUUGGAGUUCCACUCAACACCCUGUUGGAAAAYGAUCAAAAGCUGCUCCCCAACACCAAGGUGCCCCUGCUGCUCCAGGCUCUGCUGUCCUGCUUGGAGAAGAGAGGACUCGAAACAGAGGGCAUCCUGAGAGUUUCUGGCUCCCAGACCAGAAUCAAGAGCCUGGAGCAGAAGCUGGAGAGGGAUUUCUACAGCGGCCUGUUCCGCUGGGACGAGGUUCACCAGAACGACGUGUCGGGGCUGCUCAAGAGRUUCAUCCGCGAGCUGCCAGCACCGCUGCUCACAGCAGAGUACCUGCCUGCCUUUGCUGCUGUGCAGAAUAUUCCAGACCUGAAGCAAAGAUUGCAGGCUCUAAAUCUCCUGAUCCUGAUUCUUCCAGAGCCCAACAGAAACACUCUGAAGGCCCUACUCGAGUUUCUCAGCAAGGUGGUCUCCAGGGAGAACAACAACAAAAUGAACCUGUGGAACGUUUCCACAGUCAUGGCCCCAAACCUCUUCAUGCACAAGGGGCUGCCCAACAAGAUCCCAGAGGGGAAGGAGAAGCAGCUGGCGGAGGGGGCGGCGGACGUGGUGCGGAUGAUGAUCCAUUACCAGGAUCUGCUCUGGACAGUCUCCUCUUUCYUGGUAGCUCAAGUGAGGAAGCUGAACGAGAGCAGCAGCAAAAGGUACCAGUUCUGUGACAAGAGAAUUAAAAAUUUGCUGCGRAAGAUUCACGCUGACAAAGACAAGGUGGAAAAGAACCAGGGAGAGCCUUCCAAGAUUGUGAAAGUCCACGCGUCCCUGCUGCUGAAGGACUCUCUGGAGGUGCACCUGAACAAUGCCACCAGGGUGGCUGAUGUCUUGAGGCAGUUUCAGAAGAACCUGGGCCAGAAUGGCUGGAACAUCGUUAACACUGUCAACUUCCUCAAGUGUAAYAACUCCAUGGAGUGCACAAACUUGCUCCUGUAUGAAGUGGGAGGCAAUAUUGGUGAGCAUUGCCUGGACCCUGACACUUACCUCUUGGAYUUGUACCACAUCAACCCCCACGCUGAGUGGAUAAUCAAACAAAACCCAUCUUACCCUCGGAUGUUCUGAGGAGAACAAGAGCCAAACAAAGCAUUUGGUURCAGUUUUUGGAAGRUGUGGAAAGAGAGACUUUC